CGAGGCCGCUGGCAGAAACAGGGGUUCACUGAUUGGCCGGUCUGUGCAGGGAUCGCGGCUUACCAGCCACACCGCCUGCCCACCUGGCUAAGCGUCGGAUAAAUCCAGCUUCCGGCGCGAAUCGUCACUGCUGCGGGACGUUGCCCGCUGGAGCUGGCCCACGCGUCAGUGCUCAGAUGCGACUUGACAGCUCCAGCCCAGUCCAGCCUCAUCUCGCGCUGCAUCAUCGCAUCCACCACAACCUCCCCCCACGCCACGCGAUCACCCAGGCGAACCGGUCAUCCGAACGAGCAUCCUUCCCACGACGACUGCAAGACUCUCCCCGGAGAGCACAUCAUCGCCAUGCCUACCGCCGGCCUCAAGACCAUCAUCGCACUGUCGUUCGUCCUCGCCGUCGGCUUCCUCCUCGUCAUCCUCUCGUGCGCCUUGUUCAAGGUGUACUAUCCCCUCCUCGUCGUCGCCACAUAUAUCAUCGCGCCGGUGCCGAACUGGAUCUGCGGACGAUGCGCCAACCCAGAUGACUUUGUCGAGAGCUCGGGGGCCGCCGUGCUGGACCUGGGUCGCUUCUUUACCGGCUUCUUCGUUGUGAUGGGCAUGGCCCUGCCUGUCGUUCUCGCGCAUUCCGGCCUCAUCCAGAUCGAAGCCAUGAUCAUGUCCAUCGUCGGUGGCUUGUUGAUCUACGGCACCAUUGUUAGCUUCAGCAUGUUCUUCCACGAGGAGCAAGAUUUCUAAACACGAGCCGGCCCGAGAAGAGCGAGCGAAUGCCUUGAGAUGAGAGAGCCUGGGACCAUAGGCGUUGUGACACUAUCUGCGCAAAUGUAUUCAUAGCGGGAAUCCAUGGCAUGGAGUACGUUGCGUGGAGUAUUGAAUCAUGUUUUACGUUUGAUCACCAGCUGUGCCUCAUUUCUUCUCUACGCCGUCCUGUGUUUGAAUGAAGCCGCAGC